AUGUCGGACGACGGUGCUAACGAGUUGGUUGGAUCUCUUCAGCGUUGCUCCCUGCGCGCGGAGGAUCUCAAUGACUCGGAGAGGACUACGACCCCAGCUGCUGACCACUGUGAGAGCGAGGGCGAUAGCGAGUUCGACGACUCCGACUACAGCGAGAAUGACAGCCUCGAUGAGCUUGCACCGCCCACUGAGGUCUCCAAAGACAACAACGCAACGAGCACAGCCACUAGCGAUGGAUCCCAGGGCGCUGUCGAGAACGACAAGACCAAAUCUGAGAUCCCAAAAGAGCUCCUCGAAAAUCGCGACCUCGUCUUCAAGCCUGCACAGCCUGACCACGGACUGAAGAUCAUUCUCGGCAACGCCGGACGCUUCCAGAACGUACAUUUCGUCAACUGCACCUUCGAGCACACGACGAUCUUCGAGAAUUGUGCGCUGUUCAACGUCACCUUCACUCGCUGCCAUUUCAACGGCACUCAAUUCGUGAACUCGGUGAUCUCGAGACUGAAAAGCAGAAUCCCCAAGGACAGCGAGCUGGAGAUCAUCGACAUCAUUGACAUGCAGUUCGACGGAUUCCUGUGCACCAAUACCUUGUUUCGAGACGAAUGGCAGCUAACUCAGAAGGUUCAAGACCGCGGCCCUUCCCUCGGAGAAACCCUUCCAGGAGCACUAAGCAGACCAGAAGAGGAGGAUUGGUGGAUUGACAGCGAUGCUGACGAGGAUUCUGACGAGACACCGGAGGAACAUGCUCAAGGCUUUGGAGGCAUGCCCGAAGGUGUCGAAACGUACGAGCAAAGAAUGCUUCGAUAUGCAAAAGCCCACGGAACUUCCUCCUUCGACGUCACGUUCAAAGGUUGUAAAGACGACAGUCUCAGGUUCAAGGAGGGUUCUAAUGAGCUUUACACUGCUGUGCAGUUUCACAACUGCGUUCUGGAUGAGGUCGUCUUUGAGAAUUGCGUUGUGUAUGGGGUCUCCUUUCAGAACUGCAACUUCAGAAGAGUGCAUUUCAAAGACACUGUUCUGAUCGACUGUGUUUUCCGGAACUGCACAGCGGAUGGACUGCGUUGGGAGGGUGCGCGGCAGGUCAGUGUCAUGAAUCUUGGAACUAGAUUCGGACCACAAGACAAUGAGUGCAACGGGGUGAGACCGAAGGAGCUUUCCGACAGAUCGUGGAUCUCGUCCUUUGCUCCCACCGAUCCUUCGGCUGGAUCAGAGUCUUGAGGAUGCUGGAAACCGAAGCUGGUAUCACAAAUCGAAUGCCAUUGCUCGGUAGGCUAGGCUUCAUCGUGGAUCGACAGGGGCUUUGAGAUGCUCGAGGUUGCGGCAGUAGCAAUAGUGGCUAUACAUUGAGGCUCAUAGCACUUUCAAGUCCUCGAAUUAUGCGUCUGUAGCUGAAUGCGAACCUAUCUGCGAACGGGAAUCAAUGACGGAACUCUUUUCCUACUCUUCUUCACAAAAGGAUCUUUCCGAAGAUAUACCA